GUCAUUACAGUCAUAUGUUUAUGAUUUUAUCAAAAAUCAAAAGUUCAGAAAUUUCAAACAAUGAGUUUCCUAAAAGAAUUAAAAAAUUCCGAUGAAAUUUUACUCGUUGAAAGUAAAACCAAAUCGGAUGUUUUUACCAAGUUAUCAAACGAAUUUAAAAACGCUAAAAUAACAUCCGAAGAGGACAUCAUCAAACACGAAUCAGUUCCUGUGGUCUAUUGCGAAACACCAUCCAGCAGUAUUUUACCAAAAAUCUUGAAAUCUCUAACUAAUGGUGGUAAAAUUAUAAUUACUAAUGUUCCGGAUAAAGAGAAAAUCAAACUAGAACUCAUAACGAAGGGUUUCAUGAACGUAACCACUUUCGAUGACUAUAUCACAGCCGAUAAGCCCAACUUUGCAUCCGGUUCAACCGUACAAUUGAAACUACCUAAGAAAGCAGUACCCCCAGUGUGGAAAUUAGAUGAUGAUCUAGACGGCGACGAGGAAACUAUAGAUCCAAACGAACUACUAGAUGAGGAUGACUUGCAAAAACCAGACCCAUCUUCCCUAAAAGUUUGCAGUACUACGGGCAAACGCAAGGCCUGCAAAGACUGCUCGUGCGGAUUAGCCGACGAAUUGGCCAUGGAGGCUAAACUAGGCAAAGUGGUGGACACCAAAGACGCCCCGAAAUCCUCCUGCGGGAGUUGCUAUUUAGGCGAUGCUUUCCGAUGCGCCACCUGCCCUUACCUAGGCAUGCCUGCCUUCAAGCCAGGAGAAAAAAUACAAUUGAUGGGGAACCAACUACAAGCUGACAUUUAAAUAGUUCGAUUUUUUGUGAUUUUCAUUUAGAAUUGGGGUUGUAAAAUAAAGACUUCUUGUUAAAG